GAUCAAAGAUAUGUACCCCCUUCCCCGGAUUGAUGAGUUGUUGGAUGCGGUUGGGAGUGCUCGAUUUUUUUGUAAGUUUGAUGUUCGUCAUGGGUUUCAUCACCUUCUUGUUCGAGAGGAGGAUCGUCCGAAAAUGGCGUUUGUGUUGAUCGAAGGUACUUGGCAAUGGAUUCGAUGUCCAAUGGGCAUUUGCAAUGCUCCCGCAACCUUUCAGCGAACCAUGAACAUGGCUUUUCAGAACUUUGUGCGGAAGACACGUCUGGCACAGAGUAUCAUCAACUAUUGCGUGAUUGUGUAUAUGGAUGAUAUUCUGGUGUAUUCGAGUUCUUACGAGGGGCAUGUGCAGCACGUCGAAUGGACGUUGCAUGCAUUGAGGGAUGCUGGUUUCAAGGUGGCGCUAGAGAAAUGCCAGUUCUUUCUCACCACCAUUUCCUUCCUGGGACACGUGGUGACGGACCAGGGACUUGGACCGGAACCUCAAAAGGUGGCAGCUGUGAGAGAUGCGCCCGUGCCAACGACUAUCACGCAAGUUCGCGCCUUUCUAAGCUUGGCCUCGGACUACCGAAGGUUUAUCAAGGGCUUUGUGGCGAUUGCGGGUCCCCUCACGAAUCUGCUGAAAAAGGAUCAACCGUUGAUUUGGAUGUCAGAGUGUGAUCAAGCGUUUUUGAAACUCAAGGCAUCUCUUAUUUUGGCUCCGGUCCUUAUAAGGCCGGAUCCCGAAAAGCCUUUUGUCCUCAUCACGGACUGGCAGUCGGAGGCAAUCUUAGCGAUCUUGGCCCUGGUGGGACCGGGCGCGCUCAAAUACGUUGUGGAAUACGCGUCUAAGUCAGUGCCUGCCUGCAAGCGCAAUUACGCAGCCCCGACAGGAGAAUGCUAUGCGGCUCUAUGGGGAAUCAGUCACUUUCGAGCCUAUCUGUAUGGGCGGAAGUUCACACUGGUGACCGAUCAUGAGUCAUUAUUAGCCCUGAAGAAAUCUAAGGAUUACUCGGGCAUGAUCGGGAGAUGGGCAGAGCCGGGCCAUCACCAGCUAAUUGUCCAGGAACUUGUCAUCCCGCUCGCGCAGCUGGUCGACGACCUCUCUCUUGACGUCGGUUCGCAAAGUGAUGAGAGUUUGGCUCCGCACGUCCUUACUCGGACCUUGGCCCCAUAUCUUCAGUGGACUGCGUGCUUGGAGGAACUAGGAAGUGAAAAUGCCUUGCCGUCGCAGCAGGAGUACUUGAAGCCGAACGAAGUCAUCAAUCUUGCCUUCUAUCCGAAGCAAGAUACGUUUGAGGAGGCGGUUGAAGAAGAAGAAGAAGGCGACGCCGAAGAAGAAACGUCAGGGGAGGGGAGUUAUAGUGAGCACAGUGAAGGGGAGCAGAGUGUAGAGGAGGAGGAGGACGAAGACGACAAAGAGGAGGAAGCUGGAUCGGAGUGGGAAGCCUUGCCGGAAGAAGCGGCGCGCACAGGCCUCGAGGCGGAAGAUCCCCAGGCAGCACGUAAGAGGGAAGAGAUCGCCACCGGGAAAAGGCAGCUGGAGUUCGCCAGCGGGGCGAACCUGCGCAUCAACGACGACCCGACUCGGGAUCCUGAGCCCCCCAAGCCCGAAGAUGGUGACCCUGCGGCCACGACUCCGAGCGCAUCGCGACGGAGACGGAGCCGAUCCCCCUCCCCCUCCACCUCAGCCCGUCCCCCAGUUCGUCCACGUACCGAUGCGGGGGAUCGGCCUUCGUCCCCGGUCAUUAUCCCACCGUCCCCUUGAUUACCUCACCCUCUGUCAAAUCUCUACCCCCGUCAUCUUCACUCGCAACCCCUUCCCUCCCAAUAC